AUGAACUUAUAUUUUCCGCAAGGGCAGUUUGACCUUACCAGAGAGACCAUAGCAUGUCUGCUGCCAUAUUUCGAGAAAAACUUUGGCCCUAAUUCAUCAUGGGCGUUGUUUCUGACGAAGAUACUUGGCGUUCUUUGUCUGGAAUCUAACGCACAGAAGGGCAUUGACUUGCUACAACGAAUUCUGGAGAGCCACGUGGACGAUUACCAGGCUAUUAAUGGCCUGGUAAUACUGUACGCUAGACAGCAAAAGUGGGAAGAUGCGGAGAGCCUACUAGAAAGGUCGAUUGCAAAGACUUCAACUUCAGACCAAAGUGCGAGUUUGGGACUGACUUUCGCUCAAUGUCUUAUUUAUGCGGAAAAAGGAAUGUAUCAAGAACUGGAGCAGCGAUGCUUAGGAGCCAUUCAGACUGCCCAGAAUGCUCAAGAAGUCUCCUUGCAUGUGUGUAUUCGUUGCAGGGCAAGUUCCAGCAAGCACAGGACAUAUAACUGGGUCAUCACUGGGUUUCAGGCUACAUUUGGUUUUUUUCAUUAUGAAACCUUGGAACACUUAUGCAAACUUGGGAUUACGUAUUCCAAGGCAGGAAAAGCAGAAGCGGCCGAGGAAGCCCUCCAGAAAGCACUAAAAAGCUACGAAGAAUUAUUAGGUCCUGAUCAACCUGCUACAAUAGCGUGCAAAGAGUGGCUUGGGGUCAGUUAUGCGCAACAGCAAAAAGCGCAACAGCAAAAAGCGCAACAGCAAAAAAAGCAUACACAAGCAUGGCUUCGCAAAGUAUUAGAUGACUACCAUAGAAGUCCGGAGGAUGAACACACGCUAGCUAGGGCAUUUGCCAUAGGGUUUGCGUUUGAUCAAAACGGGUACUACCAGGAUGCAGAAGAUAUGUUCCAAAUAGCGUUCACUGGUCGCCAUAAGCUGUUUGGAGAGAGCGACCGAACACGCUGGAGUCUGGCCUUGCGCUUGCGAAUAUGUAUCUCGUGCAAAGACGAUGGAAAGAGGCAGAAGUGA